ACUGCCACCACAUGGCGUAAACCCAAGAUUAAUCCGUCAACCGUCGCUUCGUUCGCCCUGUUCCUUGUCCUCACCGGCCCGCCCUCCCGUCCUCCAUCACGGAAGAGACGGAUCGCUGCGGAGAAGCCUCUACCGGAAGCCCAGCCCCUGCUGACGGUCGCGGCCAUCCCCCGCCAUAAACUCUACGCCCGCCAGCUCGCGACGCUUCACCACGAAAGAGCCUGUUCACACAAACUUCUCGGACGUCCGCGUCCGCCUGGCCAUUGUCGAUAAGCCUGCAAUUGCGCCAUCACGUCCUUCGCCCCCAACGUGUCGCUCGGACGAGCCGCCAGCACAGCGCCGCCACGAUUGCUGCACUUCGCUGCGGGGGAGCAGAGCCGCACUCGCGACGCCUUGCCGCCUUGACGGCUUUGCCUUGUACCUACGAGCGUCCUCAUCAAGCUCCGUAGCUUCGUGCGCACGAAGGUUGACAGAAAUUGUGUCAUCGACGCGCCUGGUAUCGAUCAGACUACAUCUCGCCCGCGGCUUCCUCUGCCUCCGAGCCCUCGCACGGCCCGACGACGAGGUCACGGCGAAGACUCGACUGUCGAGUGCCUGGGGUCCCACUCUCCUCCUACAUUUCUGUUCUCCGAUCCUUCCCAUCGCUUGCACGAAAAUCCGAACGCCCUCGCUUUUCUCGCGCCUGGCGCGACCCCAGUCCAACCCCAUAGCACCGAGGUCUACGAGCUACCCACGACCGACCGCGCCAUGUCUGCCCAGAAUUCCCGGAAGCGCGCGGCACCCGGCGCGGCGCCCGGUGCGGUGCCCGUGGCAGCGUAUCAGCAGCGUAUGCAGCAGCCGUACAUGGCGGACAACAACGUGGGAGGAAACGAUCCAAUGAUGCGGUGGAAUGGUGCCGCCGACGGUACUGACUUUAUCGACCCGACGGCGCACGCAGCAAACCAAUAUGGCCUCGUCCCCACGCAGCCGCAAUUUGGGCAACCCGUUCCGACGCCCUCCAACUCUCUCACCCGGCGGCCCAUGAACCAGGCGCUCGUGCCUACCAACCACCGAGCCAACUACGACUCUUCCGUCGAACCAUGGGCUGGCUUUGGCGACGACAGCAAUGCGCUUCUGCAGCAGAACAAUGGCGAAGGCCUGGUGGAGCAGGACAACGUCGAAGUGCUCGAGGACAUGGCCGCCAAAGCCAAGCGUGAAGCGCAGAGCAAGCGCAAGCAAAUCCCUCCUUUCGUCCAGAAACUUAGCAGCUUUCUAGAGGAGCGAAAAAACGAAGACUUGAUUCGGUGGUCCGAGAAGGGUGACUCUUUCAUUGUUUUGGAUGAGGACGAGUUUGCCAAGACCUUGAUUCCGGAGUUGUUCAAGCACAACAACUACGCUUCCUUUGUGCGACAGCUCAACAUGUAUGGCUUCCACAAGCGCGUGGGCCUCUCGGACAACUCGAUGCGGGCCAGCGAGCGCAAGAACAAGAGCCCCAGCGAGUACUACAACCCGUUCUUUCGGCGCGGGCAUCCAAAUCUGCUCUGGCUCAUCAACAAGCCCAAGAGCGGGAGCAAGGCUAACAAGAAGGGGGCUAAAAAUGCUGAGGGCGAGGCAGAGAGCGACGAAGAUGCAGGACAGGAAGAAAGCCCCAGCCAGGGGCAGGGGGCCUCGGCUGCUCCAGCCGGCCGUUCGCUUCCAGCUGCAGAAGCGCCGCCUCUGCAGAAGAAGGAGAUGGCCGUGAUUCGAGAAGAGCUCAACAAGGUCCGCGAGCAGCAGAAGAUGAUUCUCGGCGCCAUCACGCAGCUGCAACGGAACAACAACGAUCUGUACAACCAAGCGAUGAUGUUUCAAAAUCAGCACGACCGUCACCAAAACUCCAUCAACGCCAUACUGAAUUUCCUUGCCAACGUCUUCCGCAAGACACUCGAAGAUGGCAGUCACCAGAACGUUGGUGAUAUCAUCUCGAGUAUGAUGACGAACCAGGGCAACCAGCCGUCCCAUCAGCAAGGAAGCGUGUUUGAUCUCGGCGAUUUUGUGCAAUCCCAAGUGGACCCCGCGUCCAAUAUGAGCGGCACUCACAAGCGAGCGCGUGGCUUGCUGCCUCCUAUUCCUAACCAGACUGAAGGCGUGAAAGCAAGCAGAUCUCCUUCGGCCGCCAGCACCCCCUACCAUGCGGUCGGAGGCCAGAAUCCAGAGAUGGGAACGGUGACGGAGCUGUUGGAUUCGGACACGCCGCCGACCCUUCGUCAGGAGUUGGAGACGAAUCCGCAGGAGCGCAUGAUGAAGAUCAUCAACGACCACAACGCUACCAACACGUCAGGAAUGGAUCUUCCCGAGGCGGCCAAGCUCGUAGCCAACGCGCCCAAUACGCUCAACCAUGACCAGCAAAGCAAGUUGGUUGACUUGAUGUCGAGACAGACGUCGUCGCCAUCCUCUACAUCGCCUACACCUACCCCAUUGCUCAGCGGAAAGGUUCCCGCUGCCGCACCGGCUCCCUCCGGCGCAUCUUCUGGUGUGUCGCCGCCGCCGCCGCCGCCGCCUGCGUCUAGUGCGGCUGCGCCGUCCCUCUCGCCAAUCUUGCGGUCUCCAACCAUGCAGCCCCCGUCUCUGAAUCAGAUCAACGCGAACCAAGUCGACUUGGGCCAGCUUCAGAGGCUGCAGAGUGAACAGGAUGCCAAGAUCCACGAGCUCAGUGAGAUGUUGGGCCCCCUUAGUCCGUCGGGCCACAUCCCCGGACUCGGUGACGGAAACGAGGCCUAUUUUGAUCCGCCAAAUGUCGAUUUGGAUCAGUACUUCGACAGCAACGCAUUUUUGAACGAUGCAAAUUUUGGGGGCGACGGCACCGACUUCAAUUUUGGACUUGACCAUCAUGACGCGCAAAAUCCGCUUGACAGCGAUAAACAGACGAACACUGGCAAGGACACGCCUAGCCCUACAGGCACGGAGGAGAUACAGCGGGACGACUUUGGAAACGACAGCAUUGGCAGUCGCGACAACAAACGGCAGCGGGUGGGUUAGAGACAUACCCUUUGGGCUGGGGGUGGACAAAUUUGGGUUUCUGUAGAUACCGCCCGUGGAUAAAAAGGGAUUACGGACAUAUGGCACUGGCGGUUAUGGGCAUCGAAUCGGCGAGGGAGACCCGCCUUCCAUUUGAUAUUCAGGGGGCGUUUAUAACGGGACAUUUGGUCACUCGGCAGGGAGUCCGGGAGACAGUAGGGAUUACCACAGCGUCGGGGCAUGCCGGUCAAAUGGGCACUGCGGGUAGCCGUGCGAUCGCACCGGAGGUACUGAAGAUUUGGACGAAUACACCACGGCAUCCGAGGAUUUGACUACACUUGGGCCAGUCUGGCUGGCAGUCACUGAUUGAUCCUUGUUAAGAGUCGUAUGCUGAU